AUGAAGUGGGUCGGUGGUGUUGGUGGUGGUGGUGGCGGUUCAAGGGUGUUGAGCACGAGCCAACAGCCCGGCGAUUCUUCCAAUUCAACACAUCGCCGAAUCGGAAGGCUCGAUUCGGUGCCAAUCGGCGAUUUUCGAGCCUCGGCCACCUCCACAUUCCCGACAUCCGAAGCGGCCUUCCAUCCAGAGCUUAGCAUGGCGGCCAACUCCGCAACCCAGCCUCACCAAGCCACCACGAUCCUACACAGUUUCAUUGGCGUCGAGAUGGAGUCGCUGCUUUCUAGAAUUCUGCCUCUGGCUGCAGAUCCGUUCCCGCCCACACAUGUGGCAGGCUCCGAGUUCGAAGGCUUCUUCCUCCGCCUCGAAUCGCACUCGGGCCGCUCGCAUGCCGUCCACCGCCAGGCAUCGCCGCAGCCACAGGCAACUACAACGAACAAGACAUCGAAAGCCAGGAAAGUGGCCAAGCACAGGGGAGAGAAUGGCGUGGCGGCUGCUGCGGGGCCAUCACCCUCUCGCAUCCCGCGUCUCGCCAAGUCAGCCAGGUCGCCGCAGUCAGCUUCUACACGCCGUGGGGCGACACAGCAGGUCAGGCAGCGUCGAUUGCGGUCAGCUUCUAUAACGUCAGACUCGUCCUCUCAUUCUCACAAUUCCACUUCGUCCACAAACGAUCCGCCAUCACCCACUCCGCAGCCACGCCGACCCUCGCUAGGGCGUGGCACGCUGCCGGAUGGCACGCGCAGCUCGUCCACGCAGCAGCCGAUGCUCACGGACAUCGACCCGGUCUUCGACAGCCCCGAAUCGUAUCUUGCGCAUCCACUCGGACUCGGAAGCUCCGCCAAGCCCAACGAUUUUCCGAAUGGUGCGGAUGCUCGCGGGCUGCCUACACCUUCGCCGGCGGACCUCAUCCUCGUGGUGUGCGAGCUGCAGUCGGCGCCGAUCGACCAGCGCAUCUGCCUGUACCUGCGCUGGAUCGUGCACGGCGAAGAAUCCGCGCUGUUUCAAUCGCUGCACUCUCCCACACAGCAGGGCGACCGGCUGCCUCGCAACGCAGAGAAGGGCAAGCACAAGAGCAUGGACUCGUUCGAGAUCAUUCGGUACAUCCCCGCGUGGCAGCUCAAGCUCGGCGCACGUGCAAGUGCGAGCAGCGUCCAGCCGUUCCGUAUCGACCUUCCGUCUGAGGCGGGAGAGGUGGAUGGCGACUCGUUCGGCUUCGUGCAGGUGGAUGCGAACGGCAACGUGGUGGUGGACGUGGCACUUCCGAAUGCGGCGCGGUCUUCGGGGACUAGACGCGUGGCGACGCGCGCGCGCGUGCGGUCGACAAAGCACGUCCCCUGGCACCCUCACCGCCCGCACGGGCUGAUGGGGAGUAAAGGUCCCGAGGGGUGGAUCCAGCAUCUGGGCGCUGUGCUACCGCUGCACUGGUACGUGCACACCUCCAGCGCCCCUGCCAUGUUCUCCCUCGAGCACGUCGUCCAGUCUGCACCGAGUAACAGCAGUGAGGAGUUGGAGGAUGCCGUGGCGGCCGGACGUGCACUGCUGCACGUCGAGAAGAACUGGGGCCACGGCUUUCCCUCGGGAUGGAUGUGGGUGCAUGGUGCAUCGCCACUCUCCGACCCUUCGCUACCACACACCGACAGCGGGCCUGCAGUAAGACUGUCUCUCGCCGGAGGCUCGAUCUUGGGUCUGACGGCGUUUCUGGUGGGAAUCCACAUCAAGCCCACACAGGGACGCGAGGUGGACUGGAACUUCACUCCGCCGUCCGCGGUGGGGCCCCAACACGCCUUCGACGGUCCAGGCGGUGAGAAGGUGCAUCGUGGGAUCGGUUUUACCAUGCGCCGCAACUUCAAGCGCAAGACCUUCGUGCUCGACGUGUGGGAUGCCACGAGGUGGGCGAGCAUCAGCGUGCACGGUGCAGAGGAGACGUUUGCAACCCAGAUCCCGGGGCCGUGUAGGGGCGGUUGGAAACCUGCGUACUGUCACCACUCGUACCGCUGCCAGGCGCGAAUUGUGCUGUACGAGCGCAGCUUCGCGUCGGUGCUCAAGCUCCCACUCCGCGCGGUCCAAAGCCCAUGGGUAGCCGCAAAGGCCGUGGCGACCUUUCAGCCGCUGCACGACGGCGUUGCGUGGGACAAGGUAGUGGAUGUAGACCUGGAUGACCGCGUCGCGUUAGAGUUCGGUGGCGACUUUGCCCAGUAG